GCUUUGACGCUAAAGAUGACAAACUCUUUGCACAAAAUCGCCAUGCAUGAGAAUAUCAGGGCGACCAACUGUAUACAUUUGCUAGGAAUAAUAAGCCAUGCGACGUGUGCACCAGCACAGUUCAAGCACGAGAAGUUUCGGAGGAUUCCUCCGGCAAUCGACAUCAAAUACAUAAUGGCGGCGCGCAGUAUUUUUACUCGCCGGGAAUACCUCGGCAGCAAAAACGUAAAUUAUUUUAUCAGAUGCUGCGUUCGCAACGCUUCAUCUGCAAACGAGACUGCGACUGCUUCUUCUCAAAUCCAGUCACAGCCGAUUUCCGACGGUCCCAUCAUCAUUCCGAAGAGGAUUCACCGGGGGCCAACGGACAUUCUCAAAGCAUUAGCGUCAACUGUAACGAACAAGGACUACACCGCACCGCACUUCAAAUAUCAUGAUGAUCCGUUCUUCAUCCCAGCAAGCAACGUUGCAAAAAGAACCUAUGCACUUGCUAAAGAAUCUGGAAAAAAGGCAGCGAAGUACUUUUUGGAGAAGUACCCGGACAGCUUCAAGCAUAACCCGGCAGAGCCAAACAUUGAGGCAUUCAACCCAAAGCCAAAGUAUACUGCUGAAAGCGAGGUUAGCGAAGAAGACCUGAAGCACCUAAUUGAUGCAGUAGAUGUGGAGAAUGCAUCCACAGUGUACAAUAACCUGAAAUCGAAAGGAACAAGUAUUACGCCGGAAACCACGCAGUCACUUCUGGAACUUCUCUGCUUCUACAACUGCAACCCAGUCCUGGAUGAGGACCUCACAGAGGAACGCUGGCAUAGGCAACUUGCCCCAAGAGAAACUAGGAAGACAUGGAAAGAUGGUGGCCUUGCUGAGGAAAUCUUCAACAGCAUGGAAAACAAAGACAGUAGAGCAUACUCUGCACUUGUCCAGGGAAUGGCAAAGUAUUUCCAGGUGGAUCGAGCCUAUGCAACGUUUAAAGAAAUGCAAGAGAAGGGCUUGAAACCGUCCCUGGAAGCUUACAACGGCCUUCUGAGCCUGGUUCCUUUCCUGAAAGAAGGCUAUGAGCAGCGCUGGAGCCUCACGAAAGAACUGCUGGAAGGCAUACAGAAGGACGGCCUCAAGCCUAACAUCACAACAAUGAACAACGUGCUGGACACUGUCUCCAAGUUCGGAGCUUCCCCAUCAGCGAGGCAGUAUGCCUUGCAAGUGUUUGGGGAAAUGAAGCACUUGGGAAUAGAACCAAGCCUUGCCAGCUACUACUACCUCCUGGUCAUCUUCUGUAAAACACGAGGAGGAUCUCAGAGCAAUAUCCUGCACAGCAUUAUAAACGAGCUGGAGAAUAAAGACUUUACCAUCAAGGAUCCCAAGGAUGUAUACUUCUUCGUGAGCGCCAUGGAUGUGUGUCACAACUAUCUCUUGGACAAAGACCUCGCUUACAGAAUCCACGCUCUACUUAACUAUGGUCAAAACUACAGCAUGAUCGGUGAUGCAUUCAAAGAGUCUAUUUACUACCAGCAUUUCUUCAAGCUGCUCUGCUCGACAGAAAGCAUUCACACAUUCUUCGAGCUCUACGAUAAAUAUGUUCCAAAUAUCUACACACCCGAACCCAGCGUCGUCUGCGAAAUUAUUGAAGCCAUCGACCUCAACGACGCCCUGGAAUACAUUCCACAGCUUUGGUCAGAUAUCAUCAUCUUCAACCACUACGAGCGAGAAAAUGUUAUCAAGGGAAUGCUGAGCGUGAUGGCAAAAGGCAAACGGGAAGCGCAGCUUCAAGAGCAGUUCGCAACCAUAGUCUCAGACAUCAGGGAACGCUGCGUCAAGGAAGAAGACAGCGGAAGAAGAUUCCUUCGAACAAUCCAGUGGACCGGUCAGAUGCUGGGCGACAUGAUGACCGUCUACCUCAACGCAGAGGACAAGCUCGCGGAGGCUUGGGAAGUCAUGAUGAAGCUGGACAAAGAACAACACAAGAUACUGGGCUACCCAGAGCAGGGAUGUUUGAAGCACUUCUGUAGAGUCUGUCUCGAAAGGUCUCAACAGGACAGAGCAGUCUUCUGUGCAAAAUAUGCUGCCGAGAUAGGACUAACAGACGUAGGACAGUUCCUGAUGCAACCCGAAAACAUCGAAAAGCUCUCGGACGAGUCAAAGGAGGCACUGAAGGAAAUCCUGGAUUUUCCAACCCUGACUGGAGAGCCGGAACCGAAGAAGUCUGAAUAGAAGUGCGUGUUUAUAGUUGUAAAAUACUGUUAGAUAAUAAAAGGUAACAAAAAAAUUG